UAACAGUGGGAGAAGUUAAAAAAAAAAAAACUAAAAGAAGAAAGGGUUUGUUUUACGUGCUAUUCUCUGAGGAUUUACAACAUGCAUUUUUAAAUCCAGGAUUGAGACUGAACAUGGUCACCAUCUCUUUUAUUUCUGAUGCUACUUGAAGGAAUUAUGAAAUAUGCCUCUCCUGAAGAAAAUUAACCAGGUUCUUGUUGUGCUGCUGGUGCUGCUGGCAUGUUUGCUUCUUCAUAUUUCACUGAAAGCUUCCACUCAACCUAAAAAAGUUUACAGGCAGAGCCAUCGUUUUGCAGCAGGAAGUCUUCCAGCUGCAGAGGCCGAGACAGAUGAUGUUAUCCCUGUUAUUAUCUGUGCAUCAGAGGAGCGUACAGGGGCAAGCAUGGCAACCAUCAACAGCAUCGUUAGUAAUACAGAUGCUAGUGUUUUCUUCUACAUUGUUACUCUGCGGGAUGCCGUCAAAAUCGCAAGGAGGUAUAUAGAGAGGACUAUGCUAAAACGCAUCCAGUAUAAGAUUUUGGAAUUUAACCCUAUGGUGCUAAGAGGAAAGGUGAAGCCAGAUUCUUCUCGCCCAGAUCUCUUACAUCCACUUAAUUUUGUCAGGUUUUACCUACCUCUAUUAGGGAUCAGCCAUAGGAGAGCCGUAUACGUGGACGACGAUGUCAUCGUGCAGGGUGACAUUAAGGAUCUUUAUGGUAUAAAACUGAAAGCAGGACAUGCUGCUGCUUUCGCCUCUGACUGUGACUUACCCUCCACACAUGAAAUGGUUCGAAGCGUCGGCAUGCAGACGACCUACAUGGGCUUCUUGGACUACAGAAAACAAGAAGUGAAAGACUUGGGCAUCAACCCAAACGAGUGCUCUUUUAACCCUGGAGUGUUUGUCGCGGAUAUCACGGAGUGGAGGAGACAGAAGAUCACCAAACAGCUGGAGAAAUGGAUGGAGGAGAAUUUUAGGCAGAACAUAUACAGCAGUGCUAUGGCAGGAGGUGUGGCAACUCCACCCAUGCUUAUAGUUUUUCAUGACAGGUAUACAACGCUGGAUCCUCUGUGGCAUGUCAGACACCUGGGCUGGAGCCCAGAUGCCCGCUAUUCAGAAAGCUUCCUCCAGGGGGCACACCUGCUGCACUGGAAUGGCCCGUUCAAACCGUGGAAUAACCCAGCUGUCCACUGGAAUCUGUGGGAAAGGUGGUUCAUACCUGACCCCUCUGGAAGAUUCGUUGUGACACGACCUGAUGGUGACAGCUAAGGCCAUUCACGGAGCGAUGCUCUUCCGCAGCAACCUCACCACACAAGAGACUUCGACACGUUGCUGGUUGAGUAAAAGACUGUCAUGUUUCUCUGGCCCAAAUGGACAUUUCCAAACCCCACAUGCUUCACCAUUAGUCAAAAUGGUCCAAGUAAGUGGUUGUGUCUGGCCAUUGUAAGUUAGUUAAUUAUAUAAACAAUAUUCAUAUUGUGUUAUUCUACUUUUUUUCUGUGCUUAACUGUUCGAGUGCUGCUGAGCCUGAUGUCAACAUUUUGUGUUAUGCAUAUAGCUGCUGUUCUCUGAAGGAGAAGAAUGAGAAACAACACAUAAAGUGUGGGAUAUAACGCGCCCACAUAGCCUGACUGAAAAUAACCUUGCCUGCAAGAUGAAUUCUCGCGGUAUUUGUGCAUUCACAUCCAUCUUGUACAGCUCAGGCUUCAACCGUUUGUGUCUGAACCAAAAAACAGUUUGGGCCAAUCACUUUGCAGUAUUGAGGUUUAAGGCGGGACAUAUUGGUGCCAUGAGAGCAGGAGCGGCUGAGCUCACAGGUGAACCAAGACAAAUAUGGCAGCGCAGGAGGACGCAUACGUAGCUGCUGCUAUCACAUCUGAUUUGUAAGAAUCCAUGAUUUCUUCUUUGAUAGUCGAACAGCAAGAAGCGCCUUGAAUAGCUUACCUUGUUGUGGUUUCUUAUAGCAGCGCCUGCCUAGCGGCCAUUUUGAGACUACUUCCUAACUUUGCAAGGUUACACAAGCAUUUAGGAUCUCUAGUAAUUUUUGUUCUCUAUACAGCUUUUGUUCUAUUUGAAAUAAUGCAAUAAAGAUGGCUGACAUUAAA